AUGCCCCUCUGUUCCGCUUUAGCAAUGGACCAAUCUCCACCAUGCAACACCUCCGAUCACCCCGCCGCCUCCGGCGACUCCAAACAGCCGUCCGGCGGCGGCACGCGCCACCCCGUGUACCGGGGCGUGCGCAAGCGCCGGUGGGGCAAGUGGGUGUCCGAGAUCCGGGAACCCAAGAAGAAGACCCGGAUAUGGCUCGGGUCGUUCCCGGCGCCGGAGAUGGCGGCCAGGGCGUACGACGUCGCCGCCUACUGCCUGAAGGGUCCGAAGGCCCAGCUCAACUUCCCCGACGAGGUCGAUCACCUCCCCCGCCCGCCCACGACCGCCGCCAGGGAUAUCCAGGCCGCCGCCGCCCUGGCGGCUAAGAUGGCGGCGGAGAAGGGCGGCGCCGCCGAGGAGGGAGGCGGCGGAGGGGACGACUUCUGGGCGGAGAUAGAGCUUCCGGAGCUUUUGAUGGACGGAAACGGCUGCUUGCCGGAGGUAUGGUGGGCGUCGCCGGCCGGUGACCCCACGUCGAUGGAUAUCACUGGCGGCGACCAAUUAUUUUGA